AUGGCUCCCGAUGUUCUUGUACAAGCGGGGCUUCUGAUCCUAACCCUAGUUAUAUUCGUUGCUAUGUACAAGCUCCCCAAACAAGCCCUAGCCAAGCUCCGUCUCAAGAACCGAGCUACGGUCCAAGCCAACCGUCACUUCGUCCAAGGGGCUCAGCUACUCGCUCGAGCCAGAUCCGCCCAGAAGCGAGCUACUUCCCUAACCCUAGCCCAAGGUGCAGUCGCCGAAGCCAACAAAGCCCUCAAUCUGGACCCCAAGGACGCCGGCGCUCAGAUCCUCAAAGCCUUGGCCUUGGAUCUUCAGGGCCACAAGUCCUCUGCCCUCAGAUCCCUCGACGCCGCCCUCUCGCCACCGGCAGUGAAGUCACUCUCUGAUCGAGAGCGAGGGGACGCGCUGUUUAAGAGGGCGGAGUUGCGGGUGGCUAUAAACCGGAGGCGGAGGGUUGACUCGGCGGUAGCGGACCUAGUGGAGGCGGUGAGGCUGAGCGAGGAUAACUGCAAGGCGUUCUGUUUGUUGGGUGAGUGUUAUGAGCACAAAGGGAUGAAGGAUGAGGCCAGGAAGGCCUUUCUCCAGGCCCUGAGGAUCGAGCCCACUUCAGAUGCUGCCCGCCAGGCCUUGGAACGCUUGGCCUCACCUUCCUGAACCUCAGAGUGGGCUGGGCUGGGCUUGACUUGACUAGGAAGUGCCUGCAGAGGAAGCCCAAAACAUUUGAUAUUGAAAGACAGACAACGUUGUUAUAAUCCCAGUGGUCUCAUCAGUUAUUGUUUGGAUGUAAUGGUAAUACACUUUUCCUUGUAUGCAAAAUUUCUGGUCCACACUGUUUUUGCAUAUUAUGCAACAAGAUAAUGGAUGUAACGCAUUGGCUUUGCUA